AUGUGUAUAUUUUUAUACUUAGUUGCACAAGCAUUGACUGAUGACAUAAACGUUCUUACUUUCAAAGAGUUACUUCCUGAAUCUAAAGUGGUGGACAGGGCGAGUUAUGACGAUGGAACUAUAUUAUUACGUGUCACGAGACCUAGUAAUAAUUUAAUGGAUUGUAAUUCUCAAGGAGUAAAUUUAAGAUUGAUCCACCCGAAUGGAACAAUUUCUUCGAUUGAUUUGAAUGUAUCAAUACCUGAUCUAAAUUAUUGUUUGAUAACUGGAAACAUGUUCACUAAAAGACCAAUAAUCAAUAAGUCUGUUACUUCGACAUUGAGUACAUCGGAUAUCACUAAUAAUGAUAUUACCGAUAAAACUUCGGAUGCUAUAAGAAUUUAUGCAAUAACAGAUCAAUACAUACUUGUAACUUAUUUCUGUAAGUUGCCUGACUCUUUUGAUAUUUGUGGUCUCUUGUUGACCUGGGAUUCGCGUGUUCUUAGUAAUACGAAUUUUGGGGAUAUGUGUACGGACAGUGAAUUUGUUCGGAAUAUAAAUACAAUAGAUGGUAAUUUCUUGCUGGUAUGCUAUGUCUCUGAUGCUCAAAAGAUUAUUUGGACAAGAUAUUCUUCACCCGACGCAACCACGGGUGCGAUUAAUGUUAUUUCGAAUGGAACGUUGAAUAACAUCGCUCGUUUUAAUCGUGACAUCUCUAAAAUUUUUCCCAUUGAAGAUGGAGGAUACGGGAUAAUCAUCACCAAAUACAAUGACACCCCUUCAAACUUCAACUUUCCAGUGACAAUAUAUGUCACUUUCAUCCCAGCUCACGGAACUGAUACAAAAGGUCCAUUUCAGAUAUAUACACGAUCAAUUGAUAUUAUAACAACCAUAAAAAUAGUUGGUUGUCACAUUUCCUAUGUUUUUCUUGGAUACAACUGUUUGAUAUAUAUUAAUCAUGCUUCAAACAUUAUUCUUGUUGACGUAAACUUUUUAUCUUCUGGAUCAAUAAUGUCCACUCACGAAUUUCUUAUUGAUCCGAUCACAUCGGAUGUAUGGAAUGUUUUACCCUUGCAUUAUGGUGGAAAUUGUAUAAUGGCUAUAAAUAUGACAGAUGAGUCUGUUACUGGUAUCAUUUAUAGCGAUGGUAAUUUUCACGGUUCGUGGGGGUUACCGAAAAAUUAUUCUUAUACUCAUUCUGUCGGCGUGUUUCCUAACAAUACGAUAUGGGCAAUUGCUAGAGAUUCCGUUGGAUGGUCGGUGGUUUCUUCUUCGACCUUCACAAUAUAUAAUACAAGUCUUGCUAUCUACGGAAAUGUAUUUGUUCAAAAAACUUUUCCAUCAAUAAAUUCAACAAUAUCACCUACAAAUAUCACGACAGUUACCAUAACAUUUCUUAAUGACAUUAAAAUGUCCAAUGGGAACAUUAGCAUAUGGGAAUUCAGUGAAUUUCACAGAAUUCUUCGUCAAUCAUUCUCUGGAAGUCAAUCUCAAUAUAUUCAAUUAUUUAGCAACAAAACUGUAGUUGCUACUGUACUGUCUAGCACAUUUAACAAAGUGAAUUCUAUAUAUUAUGUUACGGUUGAUAAUGGUUUCGUUAAAGAUGCUAAGGUUGAUCAACAACUUUUAGGAGUAAAGCCAACAUUAUGGAAUUUUACCACAGAUUUUUCCUUGGAAAAUGACAAGGACGAUGGUAAAAUGUUAAUUUGUGUAUGGACUCUCAUGAUGUUACAUAAGGUUCAAUGCGCAUUAAGCGGAAUCUCCUCCACCGAUUUCGCUAGUGCCAUCGUUCGAUUUACUCCAGAAGGAUCAACGUUUUAUGAAAACCUUUCAUCACAGGAACAGUCCAAAUUUUCUACUGAUUUUUCUAGACAAUUAGCAAGCAUAAUUCCAUGUGAUCCGGCAAGAAUAUCUACAACUAAAAAAUAUCAAUACGAUAGAAGUGUUUCAGCAAGCCAAAUCUUAUUUCGCGUAAAUAUUGGUAGACCUACAAGUUCAUCUGAGAUUAAUUCCGCUAGAAUAAUACAAGAUAUGGAUACUUUGAUCCGAAAUAAAGCUGUCACGCUGAUUUCAAAAAGGUCGAAUACUUUUUAUUUAGACUCUUCUUUUGGAUGUUUCAGAGCUCGAGAACAAUCGACAAAUAAUAUUUUUGCAAAAUGGUGGCAACAAUAUUCAAAAACUGCAUUAAUAUUUAUCUUCAUCUCUGGAUUAGAUUCAGAUAUUUUAAAUUUUAUGGCAUCAAGAGUUGCAGGAAUUUCAGCACUUAGCGCACCUUUCCUGUGGAAAACAAGAAAAAUUGUUUGUUUUUGGAACUUGUUUAUUUCGAUUAUUGAAGACGUAUCUCAAUUUGCAAUUUUGAUUUUAUACCAACAUUUCACAGUACUACCAGAAAUAAUUCCAAUUCUAGUAUUAGCAUCAUAUUCCACAAACGCACAUCAUGCUAAACGUAGUAUACGAACUAACGAUGAAGAAAUCGUUGUCAAUGAUGAUGAAGACGACGAAAUAAGUGGAAUACCAUUUUCUUCACACCUAGGCUUUUCUCGAAAAAAAUCUACAUCAAAUCAUGAAAAGCAUAAGACAGCAACGUCAUCAUCAAUUUCAGAUUUCUAUAAAACAGAAGAAUAUAUAAAUGAUAAUGGUGAAGGUGGAAUAGGAGAUCAUGGUAGUCCAACUUUUUACAAUAAUUUAACUGAAGAUCACUUUCAUCAUCAACGAUCAAACGUUCAUAGUUUAUUUUCAUCGGUGGGGAAACGUGAAUCAUCACCUGAAACCGAAAUAUCUGAAAAUGUGAUGUUGGCUACUAAUUCAGUGGGUGAACCUGUAUUCUCAUUAAGAAAUCCUGAAGAAUAUAGAGGUCCAAAGAUCGUACAACGAUCAUUAAAAGGUAAACUUGUUGAAGACUCUAUAAUUAAUAUUGAAGAUAGUUUAUUUGAAAAUAUGAGUAGUAAUGAAGCGGGUGGAAGUGGAAUAAUAGAGAAUGUACAUGAUGAUGUAUAUGAUGAUGGUGGAAAGAAGAGUAGUUCAUCGAAACGUUUGAGUAAUAUGGGUGUUAUUGGAAAUACGGAUGAAUUAUUAUUUGAAGAAGAAAAUAUAGACGUGGUAGAUUCGUAA